UGUUUUUUGAUCUGCGUUGCUGUAACAGCAGUUGACCAACUUCAAACAGAUGAUCAUUUCCUCCAAACACUACAAAAUCGUAAUUCUAAAGCGUCUGGUCCUCUCUUCUCCUCCAGGAGAGUACUAUUGGCUGGAGCCAGCGAAUGCCUUCGAGCCCUUCCAGGAGUACGAUGUGGGACUGAUAGCCCUGGCCUUCCUACAAGGCUCCUUCGCCUACGGGGGAUGGAACUUCCUCAACUACGUCACUGAGGAGCUGGUCGACCCCUAUGUGAAUCUUCCUCGCGCCAUCUUCAUCUCCAUCCCCUUGGUGACGUUCGUCUACGUGUUCGCCAACAUCGCCUACGUCACCGCCAUGAGUCCUCAGGAGCUGCUGGCCUCCAACGCUGUUGCCGUGACGUUUGGUGAAAAGCUGCUGGGAGUGAUGUCGUGGAUCAUGCCCAUCUCUGUAGCUCUGUCCACCUUCGGAGGGGUCAACGGAUCCCUCUUCACCUCCUCACGGUUGUUCUUUGCUGGAGCCAGAGAGGGCCACCUCCCCAGUCUUCUGGCUAUGAUCCAUGUGAAGCGCUGCACCCCCAUCCCUGCUCUGCUCUUCACUUGUCUGUCCACCCUGCUGAUGCUGUGCACCAGUGACAUGUACACCCUCAUCAACUACGUGGGCUUUAUCAACUACCUCUUCUACGGGGUCACUGUUGCCGGGCAGAUUGUGCUGCGCAUCAAGCAACCUGACAUGCACCGACCAAUCAGGAUCAGUCUGGCAUGGCCUGUGAUCUAUCUGUUGUUCUGGGCCUUCCUGCUCAUCUUCUCCCUGUACUCUGAGCCUGUGGUGUGUGGCCUCGGUAUGGCUAUCAUGUUGACUGGAGUACCUGUCUACUUCCUGGGUGUCUACUGGGACAACAAGCCUGAGUGCUUUAACAUCUUCGUUGCCAAGAUGACCUACCUGGGCCAGAAGUUCUGUAUGGUGGUGUAUCCAGGGGAGACGAAGGGAGGCGAGGAGGCAGGGAGUGGGGAGGAGUGCGAGCAGCUGAAGGAGUCGCGGGCUCCUCUCUCGCAGGAGGACGGCGAGACACAAAAGUCUGCAGACUGCUGAACACACACCUUGACUACCCCCCCAACACCCAACGUCUCACCAUACACAUACAGACACAUGCAAACUCAGAGAAACACACUCUCGUUGAGGUAGUCAAAGUUUCAGGUAUAUCACUAUGGCAGAGGGGAGUUAACACCCACACACUCACAGACUUGGAAACAUUCAGUGACACACACUGUUAUUUUAAUGUGUUCAGACGUCUGAUUGUAGCUUUGUUUCAAUCACGAAUGCUGUCCCAAAUAGACGAAUGGAGGAGAAGGAGGUGGGAGGGGGUGGGAGGAGGUGGGAAGGAGGAGGAGAGAAACAUUUAGGGGAGAGGGAAGAUUAUAGACCUAUAUCUGGUCAUUACAUUUUAGUCUGCCUCCCUUCGAUGCUGCUUAUUGUAGAAGACAUAUCCAACCUGACAUCCUCACAGAUACACACCUCAUUUCAUCCCCUCGUUUUUGUAAAUUUACCCACUUGACAAUAAUAAGGAUUCCUCUUUUUCUUCCCCCUCCACUUCUUUUUCAUCUUCCUCCUCUUCCUCCACACACUCCCUGCACACCCCAUGAGCGAGAGAGUGGCGGCCAUUUUAAAGUACUCGUAGUGUACUGUGGCAGAUUCAUCAUCAGUAUUGCUUGUGUCAGUUUGUAUUUCUUUUUUGCCACCUUUUGAAUUUGCCUUGUCUUACUGAAAACACACCAAAGCUGGAUUUUUUUAUCGUCAAAAACAUCAAAUUAAUAUCAAUUCAUUUUAUGUUCUAUGUCAAAUACACUAAAUACUGUCUGUGUUUUUUAAUUUUAACAACUGUGAUUCCAAAAUGUAUUUUAUAUCUGUGAUAAUUGUUUAUAUCAUGUGUCAUUGUUAUUAUUUUAGUUUUAUUAUGUUAGUUUUAGUGUGUGUUUUUUUUCUAUUUAACAUCAUGCAACAGCGGAGGUAUACAUUUAAGAGCCUAUGGGUAAUCUGGUUCAGUGCCUGUCAGAUCCUUGCCUGGUGCAAAAUCAACUCUUUUAUCGCUCUAAUUCUGAAAUAUUCUGUACUUAGGUAUUGGUCUAUUUUUGUUAUCAUUGAUGUUGACAGAUUAUUUUAUUCUGAUAUUUUUAAAGAGCUAAGAAAACAUUUCAUGUGGAAGAGAAAUAGAAAGGAGUGGCCAUUUUGAAUAUUCCACUUUGACUCAGUGACAUCAUUUUACUGGACACCUGAGAAGGAUUUCAUUAAAGACAGACAAUCAACUCUACAGAUGGACCACCAGCUCAAUGAAAGACUAGCAGUACAGACUGACAACAGUGCUAAACCUUUACAGAUACUAACAAACAGAGAAGUCUUGAAAAAUAUAGGGGUAGGCUAGCAGACUCUGAAGAGCAUUUUGAGUAGGGUUCUCCACAAUAUUGACCAGACAUGCACAAACUCACAUGCUCACAAACACACGUGAACCUCCGCGGAGAGAAUUGACACAAGUUUAAUCAUGUGUACCUAAGCGUACUGUACUGUUGUGAAUGAGGCCAACCAGUAGUGUUCCUGUGUUUUAAUGUCAAUGUCUUGAAAAUAAAGGAGAGCCGCACACUCUAGGA